AUGGCUGCUGAAGCUUCGGCCUCCGAUCUCUGUGAUCGUUUCGAGCGGCACCUCCAGCACUUGACUUAUGAUGUUGUGGCCCCACUCAGCUAUCCCUGGGACAGGAAUAAGGCCUUGUCUGCCAUUUUCUCAGGAAAACCAGGCAGAAGCGUCGACCUCCAUAGCGUCAAGGUGCCUAGAGUCGUGCCGCCGCCAGCCACGCAGUACAGGCGGCCGGGUGAUUCAGUCGAGCCGCUGCCGGUGUCUCUGCCGUGUGCCAAGGUUGUGCCCGUCUUUGAGACUGUGCUUAAGAAACCCAGGCUACAGGCAGGCGAGAAGGCCGGAGUCGAUCGAGAAAAUGUCCUACGUCGGCGGCUGAGCCACUCACCUGGUGCCUCGAGGUUGGGGGUUCUCAUUUGGGCGAAAGGCGAAUCUGACCCCUUGGGGGUCGUGGCGCAGGCCUUGGCUGGGAAAGCUACAUCGACUCUGCUUAAGCGAGCCCGUUUUUCUGCACGAUUCAUUUGCUGGGCCGACAAGCAUCAUGUGAAAGCUUUCCCGGUGAGCCUCGAGUUUCUUGUGAGCUUCCUCAAACCACUUGCAGCCGAAGCCAGGAACAGUGCCAUUCGUGAGGCUAUGGAGACUGUGAAUUUCCUGGAACAUGUUCUAGGAAUUGAGGUCGAACAAGGAAUCAGCGACAACCCUUGGGUCAAGGGAGCGCUGCGAGGAGCCAACAUUCGCACCUGUGACCCGAAACGAUCGAGAGUCCUGAAGGUCGAGGAGGUGCUUCUCCUCGAAGGAGCGCUGAUAGAGGGAGCCCUUGACAAGGUGGACAGGUACGCUACUGGGGUCUUCUUGUUCCAGCUUUACUCCAGGGCUCGAGUGUCAGAUCUGAGGAACAUUUCGAAGCUUGAGCUUGACCUUGAUGGCGAUACGGGUUUCAUCGAGGUCAGAACUUAUGAGCACAAGAAUUGCCGGUUGAGCAGUGGACCGGGGGCCGUGCUCAUUUUGGUUGCGCCGUAUCAUGGGCUCCACCAGAAGCCUUGGGGCGCCGCUUGGGUAGAGGCAGCGAAGGCCGUUGGCUUCGACUUCGAGAAAGGGCAUCGCGGGCCGUUGCUCCCCCGCCUGGCCUGCGAUUACUCUUGGAGCGGGGACGCCAUCGAUGCCAACGAGACCACUACAUGGAUCAGGGCGUUGCUUUCACGGCUGCAAGCGGCCGAAGAAGAUCUUACAUUCUCCUCGCACGGAUUGAAGGCAACGCCGCUUUCCUGGACCUCGAAAGCUGGAUACGGUGAGAGGACACAACUUGUCCUGGGACACCAUAGCUUAGGUCCAAGUGGGAAAACGCAAGAAGCUUACGCUCGCGAAGUGCAGGCGCAGCCGCUACGAGACCUUGCAGAAUGUCUUGGUGCCAUCCGGCAGGGGGUUUUCCACCCGGAUCGCACAAAGAGCGGGAUGAUUGCAGAAGGUGCGACCAUCCGUGAGUCGCGCUUCUCUUUGGCACCCAUUGGUCGUGCCAAUCUUUCGCCAUCUCACGAGAGCUUCGAGUGUGCUCCCGAGGUUGAGCUGGCCGAGGAUGGAGGCGUAGAACCUCCUGAUGAUCAGGACUUGGGUGAACAAGAAGACGUUCACGAAGCCUCGAGCAGCGAGUCCGAGAGUUCUGGUGAGUCCGAGGAAGAGACUCAUUAUGAGAGUUUUGGAGCAGGCGAAGCGCAGAAUGCGAUCCCGUCUGUGAACAUGGGGGCCAUGGCGAGUUUCAUCGCUAAGAAGCAGGGAUCGGAGACCAUGGCGCAAACCCUUGUAGAAUCCAAGGCCGUCUUCCUGGAGCGAGCCAAACGUGUGGGCCUCCCACAGGAAGCAGUGGAUCGCCUUGUUGCACAGACCAUCGACACGAUGGCGAAACUAGCGUUCGCCCCUUGCCAGCCCGGGGAGACGCCGACCGAGGAGUCGCUGGCGGCCCUCAUCAAGGUGGGUGGUGCAGCCCCGCCGUUGGGAUCCAUCGCAGCGGUUCGACACCUGGUGUUCGAAGCACAGACCCUCUUGGUCAGCCAGACCAAGGCACUCGUUGAGAACAAGGAGAACGAGGUCAAGGAGUUAGCCCCCGCGGAGCGCCGCGAGCGCAUCCGAGCACAGGCCCACAAACUUAGAGGCAUCACCAUGUCCGGCCAGACUGAGUGCAGCUACGCCUCGUAUGACCUCUGCAUGAAGCUCCUUACUGACAAUUGCAUCAGCUACCUUUCCCCGGCCAAGUUCAUCACUCGCGAAGCUGAGCUGCGUUCCGAGAAACCGCGGAAGGAGUUGGAUGUGCAGGCUUCAACACUGGUCGUGAGAGAUCGUGACCCCGAUCAGUCAUGCGAUACUUCCACUGCACUGAGCCUUCGCCAUGCCAUGCACCGUCGAAGCCUUGCUCUUGACUUGAUCGGUGUGACUGAUUACUUUCGGGUUCAGGGCUUCGUGGAUUUCCUCUUGGGCCACCUUCAUCAGGAGCCCAUUGCUGGUAGCCGUGCCACCUCUGUGCAACAAAUUCUGCAUGCGGACCGUGCUGCCUGGAUGCGCCUGGCAGAGCUCACCCCCGACGGGAUUCGUCGAGAUGCAGCCGGGGCUUUGCCUCUUGACAGUUUGUGGGCCCGCUUGCAGACUGACCCGAAGGUGAUUUUUCAUCUCCUCCCGCGAGAAGGUGGUGCCCUCAAACGAGAAAACAACGAGAUCAAGCCUGAGCUCACAGACACCCCGACCAAAAAGCAGCGCAAAGGUACUGGCAAGGGAAAAACCAAGACAUUGCGUGAGCCUAGCAAUCUCCCAGAAGAACUCAAGGGCCUUUCGUCUUGGACUAAGACCGGAAAGCGGGUCUACACAACUGCAUGCGUUGUGGCGGCUGCGAGCCCUGUGGAGGGGCCGCUACUUGAUGCCGGAGCUGCGGAGCGCUCUGCGUUGGCUCCCAGUACUCCUUUUUCACUGCGCUUUCUGAUUUUCACUGCUUGGUCUGCGACUGUUCUUUGGCUCUUCGCUGUCAACACAAUUUCGCUGACACCUGCGCUGCAUAUCAGAGCAGUUGCGAUUGAUUUGCUCACGGACGAGCUCCCGGCUUCCACUGACCUUUCAAGACAGAUUUUGCAUUUGGCCACACAGGUUUGGGCAGAUCUUACAGCAGUUGAAGUUCUUUUGUGGGCCUCGGAGGUGCUUCCGUCGCCAUCUGCUCUGCAAUUGGCGAACAAUUUGAGCAGAGAUGUUUUCCUCCGGGCAUGUGAUACUCUUGUGGCUUACCUUGGGGACGACGGUGGCCCACAGAGGUCCCGACAGAUGACCCGCCUUCCGAACAUUCUGGAAGAGAUUGGCACGGGACAGCUGGAAGGGCAUUCGAGCGAGAGCACUCUGUUCUCAGCGACCAUGGUACCAUGCGGGUCCGAGACGACACCUGAUGCUCCCCAGCCGCCUGCAGCAAGUGCCUCCGAGAGGUCUCGCAAUCCAGUGGAACAUUUAUUCCACGGCCUGGACUCUGCGGUUCACGCCCCGCUACAGCAGUUGCUUGACCAACUGGAUUUAUUCAUGUGGUAUUCGUCGCAAGAGGAUGACCCAACGACUGCCCAAGAAUGGCCGACGAUUCUAUCGCAGCUGAAUGAUAACCUCAAUCAGGCUAUUUGUUUCGUCGCUCUGGAAGAUGUUAUUGCGGCGGUUCGGUAUCGGGCAGAAACUCAUAUGAGUACCAACCGGCUGGAUAUGGCACUCUCGCGAUUUGCAGAAUAUUUCCUGUUGCGUGGUCAUGCAGGCAGUACAGCAACCGCAGCCAGCUCCUCCGCAGACCUUCAUGCUAUGGACUAG